AUGCAGGUUGUCGCCGCCGCCUCGGAGGCUGACGCGCUCGCCACGCUCGGCGCCUAUUUCGAUGCGCUCAGCCGCGCGCUCGCCGUGCCCGUCGAGGGGCUGCGCAAGCGCUGCCUCGUCCGGUUUGAGCUCGGCGCGCCGGGCGACGCGGCUGGGUGGGUGUGGGAGCUGCGUGCGGCUCCAGACGCGGCGGGUGGCGUGACGAGCCCCGGCGAUGCCGGCGGCGCGGCCUCGGAGACGGCGGACGUCACCAUCUCCUGCACGCUGCAGCACUUUCUCGAGAUAGCGAGCGGCCGUCUCAAGCCGGCGGCGGCGAUGCUGCGAGGGCUGAUCAGAGUGCGGGGCGACC